GUUUUAUAACGACUUACUGAGGAGGCCACGAACUCCCCGAAAGGUCUGUUUCGAAUUUCGAAUGUCAAACAUGAAAUCUUCUGAGGAGAUGGUUCGACUCUUCUCUCUUUCAAUACUUUAUUCAAUCAAAAUUUAUCCUUGCAACGAAACAACAACACGAAUAAAGCAACAAUAUAUAAGAAUCUUUCAAAGCAACGCUGAGCAUACGAAUCGAUUUAUAAGAAAAUUGCUAUACUUUUCCUUCUUAGGAAUAAACAAUUUUCUAUCGAUUUUUCAUAUAUCGGGAGUUUUUAAGUUCAUUGAUAUUUUUUCGCCCGUUCGCAUGAGCUCGAAGAUAAGACCGCAAACAUAAUUAUCAGCUCGGGAUGAAAAAUGUGAGAAAGUGAAAAUUUUCUUCAGAAAGAUAUUUUACCACGAGAAAGUCAAUUUCAUUUUUAACAAAACUUUUAUCACAUAAGGAAGCACUCAAACGUAAAUAUGCAUUUCAAGAUCAAAAGAUCCAAUCAACGAUAUAGAUAUAAAUAAGAUUAUAGCUGAAAAGAUGAGUACUCGAAAAAAUGAGAUAUUAAUACUACGAAUAAAGAAAAACAGUCAACGUUUACUUGAAAUUCGUCGAGUUCGUUUGCAAAAGUUAUCUACCCCCCUUGGAAAACCUUUGCUACCUGAUGAAUAAAAGUUGUUUUGCUGAUUACACAACGUGUCCGAUCGUCUUAAAAGAUCGACAAGUUUAUUCUGAUAACGCUCAAGACGGAUUAUCAAGAGAAGCGGUAGCGGCUUUAUAUACACGCGAAGCACCAAUUAAACGAAAGGGACUUUCAGUUCCUUCAUCGUAUUGCUUGGAGACAGGCCAGCGAUCUUCGUACUCAGCGCUAUCAAUUAAUCGAGCUCAUUCUUAUGUCAACUGUUAGCAAUUAUUUUGCAUCUCAGUAUAUCGAAUUGUGUUUUCAUUACUUUGUACAGUUUUUUUUUUAGAUCUGUUAUAAACGGAAACAAAUAUAAUCAGAGGAUUAAUUUCGAUUAUAUUUUAAUGUAUGAAAGUACAAAUGUUUGAAACCCUUUGAAAUUUUAUAAAACGGUACCCUUAACUUCCCAAAGUGCCAGUGAGUAUACAGACACGUUGCUUUUCUCUCGAUCAAGAACAUCAUGAAAUUGAAAAAUCCCGACGUGAAGUUCGAAAUUUUUGGAUUCGAUUAUAUCAAACGACGUUUACCAUUUAUCGAUUGGUCACGAAGUUACAAAAAAACAUGGAUACUUCAAGACGCUUUAGCGGGCAUCACGGUUGGGUUAACCGCCAUCCCCCAAGGCAUCGCUUACGGUAUCGUUGCCGGUCUCAACCCCGAGUAUGGUUUGUACUCUGCGUUUAUGGCUUCGUUCGUCUACAUAUUGUUCGGAUCAUGCCGAAACAUAACCAUAGGACCGACAGCAAUUAUGGCGCUUAUGGUACAGCCCCUUGUUUCGAAAUAUGGGCCGGACAUGGCGGUCCUUAUUUGUUUUCUCAAAGGAUGUAUCAUCACGAUUCUGGGAAUUUUCCAUCUCGGUUUCUUAUUGGAUUUUAUAUCGUUGCCCGUUAUUACCGGCUUCACUUCAGCUGCGGCAAUCAACAUCGCUGCGUCUCAGUUUAAAUCCUUAUUGGGUAUUCCUGGAAGAGCUGAAGACUUUCUCGACGCUGUUAAAGCAAUAUUCUCCAAUCUCAAUAAAAUAAAUCCUUGGGACACUUUACUCGGCCUUUGUACGUUAGUGAUUCUCGUGCUUAUGAAGAAUAUUCCUGGUCGAAGAAUGGGUACGAGUUUACAAAAAAUCGGGUGGAUCGUUACCCUCGCCCGGAACGCUAUCGUAGUCAUAACUGGUGCGAUUAUAGCUUACAUCUUUUAUGUAAACGGGAUGGAACCUUUCAAGCUAACGGGUACGAUGGGUCAAGGGCUUCCACCUUUAGCACCACCUCCGUUUUCAACCACAUUUAAUAACGUGACUUACCAAUUUUUCGACAUGACGAAGGCUAUGGGUACGACUCUUGUUACAAUGCCUAUCAUCUCUACUAUUGAACAUAUAGCCAUUGCCAAAGCUUUCGCAAUGGGUAAGUCCUUGGAUGCAACGCAGGAAAUGUUGGCUCUUGGAAUAUGCAACAUCUUUGGUUCGUUCGUAAGGUCGAUGCCAGUCACUGGUUCCUUCACCAGAACAGCGGUGAAUCAUGCGUCAGGUGUGAGGUCACCAUUGGGAGGAAUAUUCACGGGUAUUCUCGUUCUGUUAGCGGCAGGCCUGUUGACUUCAACGUUUCGUUUUAUACCCAAAGCCACCUUGGCCGGUCUCAUUAUAUGUGCCAUGUACUAUAUGUUGGAUUUCAAAACUUACAGCUUACUAUGGCGAGCAAAAAAGCUGGAUUUUGUUACUAUGCUUGUGACUCUCGUGACCAGCGUCUUCCUCGGCCUGGAGAUCGGUGUUAUAAUCGGUAUAGUUUUGAAUCUAGCAACAUUAUUGUACUACUCAGCCAGGCCAUCAGUAAAUAUUGUAAUUGAAACGAUCGAUGAACGAAGCGUAGUACACGUCACACCGGAAGAGGCAGUCUCUUUUCCAGCCGCGGAGAAUCUUCGAGCGAGUAUAAUGAGCCUUUCGGAAAAUAAUCUGGGCAACGUGAUACUCGACUUUAAGAACCUGAAGCGGAUCGACGUUACUGUUGCCAAGAAUAUGAAAUUGCUCGCUCACGAUCUCGAUUUAAGGGGCUAUCAACUCAUAUACGUAAAUUCUACGACCGAUGUGAACGACGUGAUGAAAAUUGUUGCUCCUGAAUUAAAGAAUGUGUUCAGGAUAGAUAAUGAAGAAACUGCGGGAGACGAUCCAUAAAAAUGAAGAUGAAUUUCUCGCUAUUGGUACGAGACAAAAUAUGCCAUUAACGUUGUUAUCGCGAUAUUUCUCAUUUUAUAUCCAAAUGUUUAUUUAUUGGCCGGAAAGUUCAUGCUCGAAAAAAUCGUAACGAUGAGGAAAUUACGUCGGAUCGGCUUUUUCACUUGGGUUCCGGACAAAAACGUUCAACUGAAAAUAAACGAUGAAGACUUCAUUUUUUCAGUCGAGGCUCACGGGUUGAUAAUUGCUCCGAUGCGAGGAGCAUCGUUUUCAAUGCGCAGAACAAGUUUUUCGUUCGACUCAUCGAGUCAUAAAUUUUUCAGAGUUAUUCAAAUGGAACGAAGACUAAACAUUUUCACGAUCUUUCAGCAGUUUAUUUCGUUAGAUUGCAGUGAAAUUCAUUUUUACGAUAAAAAAAUGAAAUUACGGAACCAAGUGAUUUUUUGAGACUUUUCACAACUCACCGGCAAAAACAAUGUAGAUAACGAAAUUUAUUGUCUGCACACGAUUUAAAGCGAGUACAGCGAUAAAGAUGAGGCGUCGGAUCGUGAUUUAAUUAUAAAAUGAAUUUCCGUAGUCCUCCAGGAAUGUGCACUUUAUUGCGAUACAUUUCUCUGUUUAAUUUUAAUUUUUCUAGAGGCACGAUAAUGUUAUUAUUUUAAGUAACAAUAAGAAAUUGUCUUUCCUUUCGGAUGUAAAAUAAAUGAUGUACAAAAAAAUCUCAA